AUGUAUCUCGUGCUUGAUUCCACUCUAGAGACGAUUGAAUUUACGGCUGAUUCUACUGUCAAUGGUCCACCAAAUCAAAAUUUACCCCAGGCGAAGUUAAUUCAAACUGAAAAUAUCGUGGUAGGUGCUUCCAAAAGAUCACGAAAUGGAUGUUUGGCAUGUAGACAAAGAAAGAAGAAAUGUGAUGAAUCUUAUCCAACAUGUGGAUCAUGUAACCAUCGGAAUGUCGAAUGUAUUUGGAGAAAUAAUUCAAAAUUUAAAGUACAAAAGUUAUAUUCAUCACCUAAGGAUUCAAUUAUAAUUGAAAAAUUCACUAAAUUCAAAAAUAAUAUUAUUAAUACUACCAAUGUAGUAUCAUCAAAGACUUCAUCUGAUAGUAUAACAUCAUCAUCAAAGCCGAGGUCAUUGCCAUCAACUAUGGUGGCAUCUUCUUCAUCCAGUUCAAGUACAUCAUCAUCUUCGCCUGAAGAUGACGACUUUGGAAUAAACUUAAAUAACAUGGAUGAAUCAGUUCAUCAUAAUUAUUUUGAAUUACAAUCCACCACACCACCUUAUGCCAAUGGUAAAAACAAUACCGAACUCUUAAUGCUCGAUAUACUGAAUUAUUAUCCAUCACCGGUAACCAAUCAAAUAUUCAACCCAUUUAAACAUAUGGAUGAAAGAGGUACUUAUUUCAUUGAUGCCUUUGUUAAUAAAGUCGCUACUAAAUUAUGUAUUGGCCCUGCAUCAUGUAAUUACUUCCUCAAGACAUUUUAUCAACUUGCUGAAACUGAAGAAAGUAUUCUGUAUGCGUUAUCAUCAUGGGGUGGAUUAUUUGUGGAGGGAUACACUGAGGGAGUUAGAUCAUAUCUUGGAAAGGCAUUCCAAUUGAUUAAGGAUCGUUAUAAUACAUUUGAAAAUUUACCGAAAGAAGAUAUUUAUAUCUUACUUAAUUUCUUCCUUAUUGGAAUAGGGAUUCAAAUUUGUGCGGGAGAUGUAUCGAAAUGGAAUAUAUUAUUUAAGAAAUGCAUUGAGAUGAUACAACAGAAUGGUGGUAUUACUGAGAUAUUCAAAAUGUUUGAUUAUUCAAAUGAUGUUAAAUGGUUAAUUGCUGAUGUUGAAUUUCAUGAUGUAAUGAGCUCGGGAGCUUUUACUAGUGGGACAUUAUUACCAAUUAAAGAAUAUGAUACUAUUAUUAAUCAACAUAAACUUUUGGAAUUAGGUGGGUAUGGAUUAGAUCCAUUACAAGGAUGUAUACUGUCGAUGUAUUUAUUAUUUGGAGAAAUAGCUACUGUUAAUGCUGAAUUAAAUGAAAAGAGACAAAAGCUUGAUAAAUUGUUAAAACGAGCCGAGAAGAAGUAUGAACAACAAUCUAAAUUAUCAACAGGUCAAACAACUCAAGUGAUUAUUCUUAAAGAAGAUGGAGAAGAAAUUGAUUUACGUAGUACCAGACUUGAUUAUUAUCAAGAAGUAGAAGAUCACUAUAAUCAUUUAAAACAAAAGAUUCUUGAUUGUCAACCAAAUGUGGGACAAAUGCUGCAUAUAAUAGAUGAUAAAACUGAAGUUGAAUUUCAUUUAACUUUAUUUGAAGUAUAUCUGUUUUCAUGUCAAUUAUGUUUAAAUUAUCAAAUCAAAGGUACCCCACCUGCAUCUAGUGAAAUGCAAUCCAUCCUUUUAAAUGCGUUGAAUUCGCUUGAUAUAUUAGUAGAUACGAAAAUGGUUUCAUCAUUAGCUAUGCUGCUUUUAUUAUGUGGUAUUGCAUGUUGUACACCAUUAGAUAGAAUAGAAAUGGAGAAUCGAUUCACUAAGAUAAAACUGCAUUAUGAAGUAGCAAAUGUGACUCGAGUGUUGGAUAUUGUCCAUGAAGUAUGGAAUCGUAAUCAAAAUGGUGAAUUAUGGGUUGAUUGGAUUGAGAUUUGUAGAGAGAAGAAUUGGGAUUUAUGUGUGUGUUAG